UGAAAUGGUGUUGGCAAAGAAAAAUUUGAAAAGGUUUUGAAAAUCUUUUAAGAUUUUUUUUUUCAGAAUGAAGGUUUGGUUCUUCGUUGUGUGCUUUCUAGUACCAUGCCAGUCGAGAGCACUGAGUCGAGUGAAGAGAAUCAUCAAUGGCAGAGAGGCUGAACCGAUGUCUUUCCCCUUUAUGGUGUCACUUCAAGUGUACGAAGAGGAGCAGUGGUACCACCUUUGUGGUGCCGUCUUGGUUCACACGUGUGUCGCAGUGACGGCCGCCCACUGCAUGGACGUGUACCCCAACUACAGCAUGCGGGUGGUGGCUGGCUCCACCAGUCUGGUGGACGACGGCAACAUCAACCUGCAGGUCGUGCACGUCAGCCGCUAUCUCAAGCACGAGAACUACGCCGACAAGAUGAACUACCCCAACGACAUUGCUCUGGUUUACCUGUCCAGUCCAGUCACGCUCACACAAUACGUCCAGCUGGCCCAACUACCACCACCAACAGAGCUGUUUAACGGGAGUCAAUGCGUCAUCAGCGGCUGGGGCGUCACGCACCGCGUCGCCGUGACGGCGCCCGACAACCUGAUGACGGCCAACAUCACGGCGCUGUCACACACCGACUGCAACAAGGUCUUCAAGCAGCACGGCCGCUUCAUCUUCGCCACCCACAAGCACAUCUGUGUGCAAGAUUUAAAAGACAGUAAAACCAGCGCCUGUAUCGGAGACAGCGGGGGGUCGCUCAUGUGUGGCGAAGGUCAAGGUUACCUGACGGGCAUCAUCUCCUGGGCGUACGGCACGUGUUACGGUGGUCUGCCCUCAGUGUGUACACGUAUUACGUCAUACCUGGACUGGAUCAACCGGAGGCUGGAAUGUCCUGAAAUUGACGGAAAUGAGACUAACGGAAAUGAGACUAACGGAAAUGAGACUAACGGAAAUGAGACUAACGGAAAUGAGACUAACGGAAAUGAGACUAACGGAAAUGAGACUAACGGAAAUGAGACUAACGGAAAUGAGACUAACGGAAAUGAGACUAACGGAAAUGAGACCAACGGAACUGAGACUAACGGAAAUCAGUUUAACGGAAAUGAAACAAAUGGAAAUGAUACUAACAGAACUGAGACUAACGGAAAUGAGAUUCGCGGAAAUGAAACUAACGGAAAUGACACUAACGGAAAUGAAACUAACGGAAAUGAGAUCAACGAAACUGAGAAUAACAGAACUGAGAUUAUUGGUACUGAGACAAACGGAAGUGACGUAACAUCACCUUCUGUAAGCAACGAUCCUUGAGUACUGGCACCUAUAAU